CGCGAGAAUAACCGAAAAUAAUAUUAGCUGUAAACUUUAGUGUGAAAGUGGUAUUUAUAGACGAAAGUGACUGGCUGACGUCGUGUCUAUGUCAUCAGUAUUGAUCGUUUCCAUGGCGUGAUAUUCUGUUAAUGCUGUUGGUCGACAUAUCCAUUCGCGUGGUUCAGGUUGGAUCUGCCCAUCACUGACAUCGUAAGGCGGGAGUGUUCCGGUGUCGGUGAUUUUUCAGUAUUGUACUAGCAAGUUUCAAACUUUCUUUGCCAGGAUUUUAUGAGUAAAAGUAUCAUUUCUCUUAGUGAAAAACAAAUAAAAACAGUAACUAAUAAAUUAAAAUACUAAGCUUGUAAAUUUGUUUAAAAGUGAUAAUUUUUACGGAAAUUUUAUCUCUUAACCCACUAUACAUAUAUAUAUAUAUUGCUAGGCCUAACGCUUGUGUUGAAGGUGAAUUUCCCGGUGAACUGAGAUUUGUAUAUGCCUGAUAGACGUUUAGUUUCUGCUUGAGAGUUGAAGACAUCGUUAUAUGUGAUAUAAGACUACCAAGUAGCACAAUCCAAGACUGCAGCAGUGGUAAAUUAAAAUAAGUGUUCAGUUUUCUGCUUCACUUUUACUUUGUUGCAGUUUGAUUUUAAUUUAGGUAUCAAGAUUUCACGAUGUCGGUGGUGACCAGUAAUUUCCGAGUUUCUGCCAAUACACCGAAUUACGCCUACGUUUUCAACUUUGAACAAGACUUCGACCAGAGGGAGAAUCGUGAUUGGAUGAUAAAUAACUGGUAUCAAGCUUUUUAUUUUGUCGGUGCUUACAUGGUGUUUGUCUUUGGUGGACAGGCUUACAUGCAGUCACGCCCUCGAUACGAGUUACGACGUGUCCUGGCAGCUUGGAACGUUUUCCUUGCUGCGUUCAGUAUCAUUGGUACACUGCGCACGCUCCCAGAAAUGAUCCACGUUCUUCGGGAAUAUGGCUUACAACACUCCGUUUGCAACCCGAGCUUCAUUGAACAGGUGAAGGUUAGUGGAUUCUGGACAUGGAUGUUUACUCUCUCCAAGGUUCCUGAACUAGGCGACACCAUCUUCAUCAUCCUCCGCAAGCAAAAUCUGGUGUUUCUCCACUGGUACCAUCACAUCACUGUCCUCCUCUUUUCCUGGUAUAGCUACGCAGAGCACAUCGCUCCCGCCCGCUGGUACGUUGUCAUGAACUACAUCGUGCAUUCCAUCAUGUACUCUUACUUUGCUCUACGUGCUCUACGUUACAAUGUUCCUCGAUAUGUUGCCAUGGUAAUAACAACCUCACAGAUCCUGCAGAUGGUAGUGGGAGCUUAUGUCAGCUAUUUGGGCUACCAAGUAAAACUUCGAGGAGAGUUCUGUCAGAUUUCUGAAGAUACAGCAAAACUCGCCAUUCUGAUGUAUCUGUCGUAUUUUGUUCUUUUCGCCCGUUUAUUUUAUAAUGCUUACUUACAACCAAAGAGAGGCAAGUUACAAAAAUCAGAAUAACUGAUUUAUUUAACAAAUUAUAGACAAAUAUUUUUAGUUGCGAUAAAACUCUAGUUAAAAAACUUUUGCUUGUACUCGAGCUCCAUUGAGAGUAAAGUGAAUUGGUAAUGACAUUUAAACUGGUACGUCUGUACUUUAGACGCUUACUAGUUUCAGGACGUAUAGAGUAAAUUUUAGGCAAGAUGGUAGAAAACACAUUUGAUUUUGUUAGACUGAAAAUAGAUUACAGCUAAUAUUCAAUAGCUACAAGCAUGAUAGGUUGUGUGUGUGAGACUUAGUUUUGUCUCUGUAUACACACACGUAUAUAUAUAUAUAUAGAGAGAGAGAGA